AACGAGAGCGCGAAAAAGAGCGGAAACAGGAGGAGGAGCGCAGACAAGAGCGGAAACAGGAGGAAGAGCGCAGACAAGAGCGGAAACGAGAGGAAGAGCGCAGACAAGAGCGCGAACGAGAACGAGAGCGUGUACGAGAGCGCAGACGAGAGGAAGAACGCAAACAAGAGCGGGAGCGAGAGCGUGAGCGCAAACGAGAAGAACGCAAACAGGAACGAGAACAAGAGCGCGAGCGCGAGCGCAAAGAAGCCCGCGAUAGGGAGCGGAGACAAGAGCGCGAGCGUCCAAGGCGCUCUGAGCGACCUGGAAACUCCGCUGAACAAUCCGAACGAUCCAUGAGUGCAAAGGAAACCGCACCAGCUAGGUCAAGUCAACGCUCCGAACACUCCGGAAGCCAGGAAAUGAAGCGGAAAAGCAGUUCGUCGUCUUCAUCACGCCAUACACAGCAAUCCGGGCCCAAGUUCUUCCUCAAAUACAUGGCUGAAGCGCAAUCAGACACAAACGGUCCCCUAUUGAAGAUCAACGGAGCUAAAGCCUCUGCCAAUGUCUACAAUCGCGAGAGAAGGUCAUCUUCCAGCCACCACAGCAGCAGUCAUCGCUGCAAUUGCUGCUCACUGAUCGGUUCUUGGAUUUUCGUUCUUCUUGUUUUCUUAUGCCUUAUGAUCACUGUUUUCCUUUUUCUAUUCUUUCCCCCUUACCUUUUCAUGUACUUUCCCCCUGACACAUUUCCUUUGUUAGUCCCUUCAUUGUAUGCAUCAGCGAUCAUAGCAUAUGGAUUGGGGCACUUGUGGGUUUUGUUGUCAUGUUAGCCUAUUUCGGUUCUAUUCUUCUGUAUCUUACCGUUUCAUGUAUGUUGCAUGCAAAUUAUGAUGAUGACUUCCCUUCCAUCCAUGGUCAUAUCUCUAUCUUAGUUAUUGUCCCUGGAAAAAAAAAGUGCUACA